AUGGCCGCUCAACAUCCGAACGCUGGACACCCUGGGCCUGCGAUGGUGCAACAGAUGCAUCCUGGAGUUUCCGCACCGGGAGGGCCUCAAGUGAGCCAGGCGGGCCCAAUGAUGGGUGGUAUGCCCCCGGGCGCUGGCACCGCUGGCCCUGGUGGCCCUAUGCCGAACGCCCACGCCCUUUCUCACUUGAACCCGACACAGGCGCAUAUGUUUCAGCAGCAGCAGGCCUUUCAGCAAAAUUUCGCGAAUAACCCGCAAUUACUUCACCAGCAACAGCAGCAUCAACAGUUCCUUCGUCAGCGUAUGAUGAUCCAACAGCAGCAGCAGCAGCAACAGGCACAAGCGCAACAGCAACAUGGUCUGCCCGUAUCACUCCCUAAUGGUACUCAAGGUGUCAGCGCCGCUCAGCUGGCCGCGAUGCAAGCGAAUCCUGGUGGCAUGCGGCCAGUCAACGCAAUGAUGCAUCUUCAACAGCAGGUUCCUCAUGGCCAACCGCAGAACCUCCAACAGCAACAACAGCAACAGCUCUUUGCUCUCCAGCAGGCGCAAGCACACCAAGUGCAAGCUCAGGCUCAAGCUCAAGCUCAAGCCCAGGCUCAGGCCCAGGCUCAGGCUCAGGCGAAUAAUGCACAGGGUGGUCAGCACACGCCGCAGCGCGGCUCUGCCCAACCUCCUAACAUGCACGAGACUCAGGGUGCGACUCCUCAGUCCCAGCAUGGUCAACCCCCGCAAAGUGGUACCCCUCAACCAAACCAAACCCCUCAACCCCCGUCGAGUCAACCCCAACAGCCACAGCCUGGACCUCAGCAAGCUCAGGCUACCCCAAACCCGCAGCCACAGCAGUUGCCCCAAACAUCACAACCUGGACCGCAGCCUGGACACCCGGGACCUCAAGGACAGCCUCAACAUGUUAUGCAGGGUCAGCCAGGCCAGCAACCCGGCCAGCCCGGCCAGCCGAUGACUGCACAGGAAGCCCAGCUGAAGGCUCAGCAGCAACAGAAUGCCGCUUUAAUGAUGCAGCAAAGGAUGAAUCGCCAGGGCGCAACGGUUCUAUGCUUGCAUGCGUACGCGGAGCACCUGAGUCAAUUCCAGAGCCGUGGCGAAGCGCAGGAUCUCAUGUACUGGCAGACUUUUGUUGAUCGAUUCUACGCUCCCGGAGGUGUGUUGCGACAGGGUGUAUGGAACCCCCAGGUUGGGUCCAAGCAGUUCGAAAUUUCGACCCCGGCAUUGGCACGGUACUACCUCACUCAGUAUACCAGCGGCAUCCGUCAGAUUCAGAUGGUUGUUGAAGGUGCUCGCGAACGAGAUAUGCCCAAUGGAGGACACAUGGUUGAGAGCCCUCGGACGUCAUUCAUUUAUUGGUUCACGAAUGAUUGCCAGCUCUUUACCCAAGGUCAACUGCGCGCCCAUUUCGACAUGGCCAACAAACUUGAGAUGCUGGACAUUAAUGUCACUAGCCAUAACGAGUUUAUUCCUCGAAGUCUGCUCCAGUCCUUGGAGCUCUCCGAGCAAAAACAGAGCCCCAAGGUCUCUAAGAACACGGCAAAGCGGGCCCAAAAGCAAAGUCCGCAAAUAUCUCUGCCAGAGUCAAUGGUCACAUCUAAUGGUGUGCCGACGCCGGUCAUGGGAUUCCUGGAAGUCGCCGAGACCAUCUCCCAGAUGCAAUUGCUCUUCCAGUUCUCACAGCAGAACCCACAAUUCUCUCCCCCCGAAGCCCUCCACAACCUCGUGGGCACCUUCCCGCCUCAGAACCCCAACGCCGGGUUUGUCACGCCGAUGAACCCUGGCAUGCAGCAAAUGCCCAAUGCUCGGAAUCCUAGUAUGGGUGGACCUUCACAAUUUGCUUCCCCUGCCAUGGCUCACCUUGGGCUGCCAGGAGCCCAAGGAUCACCUCAUCUGACCGGUUCUGGACACGCGAGCCCUGCUCAGAGCCAGCUUGCUGGACCUCCAGGCAUGCAGGGUGCCGUUCAGCCUUCACCGGUUGGGGUGAGCAACAGCCCCAAUGUCAAUGCUAACAAGCGCCGCCGUGCGAGCACCGUCAAGAACGAACCUGAAGAUGGUACAGGCGAAGUGAACGGUACUGCAAUUCAAGGUGCUGGCAAGGUCAAGGCCAGUCCUCGAGUACCCAAACGGCAGAAGGGGGCUGCGGCCUGA